CCAUUGCAAACCUUGUUCUGUCAUCUCCAUCUUCGUCGCUCAUUAAUCCACUCUUAGGAGAGAAGGAGAGAGAGAGAGAGAGAGAAUAUUUUACUCAGAGAAAUCGAAACAGAGAAUGGCUGCUCGACCUGUUCUUCAAGAUCAACCCAGAGGUGGAGUUCAACAGAAAAAUGGUCAAGGAGAGAGAAAAAAUAGGACAGCAUUAGGAGACAUUGGAAACGUAGUGACUGCAAGAGGAGCAGUUGGUGGUAAUGGUAUUGUUAAACCCCAGGCAAUCAACCGUCCUCUCACUCGGAGUUUCUGUGCGCAGUUAGUAGCAAAUGCACAAGCCGCUGCUCAGAAAAACAAGAAACAAGGAGUUCAAGUUGUGGAUGUAAAUGUUGGUGGCGCAAGGAAAAUUGGGGUAACAGGAGCAGGAGUAGCAGCAGCAGCCCAGAAAAAGGUGCAAGAAAAGAAGAAAACUGAAGUUGACUCAAAAACCCCUUCUGGACAUGGGAAGGUUGAGCAUAAACCAGCACCUAAGAAGAAGAAAUCCCCAACCCUUACUUCUUUCCUCACCGCCCGUAGCAAGGAAGCUUGUGGACUGACCAAGAAACCUCAAGAACUAGUGGUCAACAUUGAUGAGGGAAGCAUAGAAGAUGAAUUGGCAGUUGUUGAGUAUGUUGAGGACAUUUACAACUUCUACAAGAUUGCUGAGGCCGAGAGUCGAGUGCGCGAUUACAUGGAUUCUCAGCCUGAUAUCAAUGAGAAGAUGAGGUCAAUUCUUGUAGAUUGGUUAAUUGAAGUGCAUUACAAGUUUGAGUUGAGGCAGGAGACCCUUUACCUCACCAUAAACAUCAUCGAUCGCUUCCUUUCGAUGAAGGUUGUCCCUAGGAAAGAGCUUCAGUUGGUAGGCAUUGCCUCAAUGCUCAUUGCCUGCAAGUAUGAAGAAAUUUGGGCACCUGAGGUGAAUGAUUUUGUACAGAUAUCAGACAAGGCAUAUGUGAGAGAGCAAGUUCUGGCAAUGGAGAAAACAAUACUUGGGAAUAUGGAGUGGUAUUUGACAGUCCCUACACCAUACAUGUUCCUCACUAGAUAUGUCAAAGCUUCUGUUCCAGCUAAUUCUGAGUUGGAGAAUAUGUCAUACUUCUUUUCAGAGCUUGGCAUGAUGAAUUAUGCUACCACAAUCAAGUAUCCUCCUUCACUUCUGGCUGCUUCGAGUGUGUACGCUGCUCGUUGUACUAUGAACAACAGUCCCUCUUGGGCAGAAACUCUCAAGCAUUACACAGGCUACUCUGAAAACCAGCUUACGGAAUGUGCUAGGCUGUUGGUUAGCUUCCAUAUGGCAGCACCGGAAAACAGGCUGAGAGCAGUUUACAAGAAGUUUUCAAAACCAGAUAAUGGCGCUGUCGCCCUUCGAUCUCCAGCCAAAAGCCUUUUGGCCUCUACUUCAUGAGAUUUUUGUACUAGAGUUCAUUGCAAAAUAAUGCUUAGUGUUUUACUGUCAUUAAAUUUCUACACACCAUCACAGAAUGAUGGUCUUGCAAUUCUUUUAUUGACAACUGAGAUAUGUAAUCAAAGCUUUCUUACUUUGAGUAUAUAUAAAAACAGAUUUUUAUUCUUGA